ACUCCAGAUUUACCCAACAGUGCGACAAUUUCCCUUUUCUUUGUGCACGCAUAAUUUUUAUCCACCUUAAACUACAUUGCUUUCUCCAUUGAUACCAACUAAAAUGGUUAAUAUUGAAGUUAGAUCUCGUUCUAAGUCCCUCUUGGGUCUCUCCACCAAUGAAUUGAGCUUGGAUGAUCCUGUCUCAGCUUUAGCUGAAUUGAUUUCAGAGUCAAAUAAGGAUAUUUCCGUCAACAGACUCAGAAUUACCAUCAAUGAUGCUGCCGUUAAGAAACAAAUCCCAUUGGAAUCCGAUAAAUCAUUCAUUGAUAACGGAGUUCCUCGUGGUGCCCCAGAAAUCACUCUUUAUGUCAAGGAUUUGGGUCCACAAAUUGCCUGGAAGACUGUCUUUCUCGUGGAAUAUUUGGGUCCACUUUUACUCCACCCAUUGUUUUACCAUUUCACUUCCAUCUAUUCAACUGCUGCUGGUGUCCACACUCAAACCCAGAAAUUAGCCUAUGCCAUGGUCUUGCUUCAUUUCUUGAAGAGAGAAUACGAAACUAUGUACGUUCAUUCUUUCUCUCAAGCAACCAUGCCAAUCUUCAAUAUCUUUAAGAACUCUUCCCAUUAUUGGAUCUUAUCUGGAUUUAACUUGGCCUUUUUCAUUUAUUCUCCAAACUUUGCCACCGGCUCCAAGUCCAAUGCGUUCACUAAAUUUUUGUUUUAUGUCAACGAUUUACCAACUUGGGCCAAUGCUUUGUUAGUUCUUGGUUGGAUCUUUGCUGAAGUUUCCAACUUCAAAACUCAUUUGAUUUUGGCCUCUUUAAGAUCUUCCGAUCCAAAGGCUCCAAAGAAGCAUGUUAUCCCAUACGGAUACGGGUUUAACCUUGUUUCCUUCCCUAACUAUUUCUUUGAAUCUUUGGGUUGGUUGUUUUUCGCUGUAUUGACCAACAAUUGGUCUGCUUGGUUGUUCUUGGCCAUCUCAAGUGGUCAAAUGUUCAUUUGGGCUGAAAAGAAACACAAGCGUUACUUGAAGACUUUUGGUGAUGAAUAUAAAAAGUUGAAGAGAACUGCAUUUAUUCCAUAUGUUAUCUAAGUGUUUAGAGGAGAAGACGGAAGAAGAAGAAGAAGAAGACGAAUGAAUAUUAUUAUCUACUGUUUCUACUAAUGGGUGUACCACAUAUGUUUUUUUAUUCUCUUUCAUUAUUUCAUUU